AUGGCCACGACCACUCGCCUCUAUAGGCCUCUAACCAGGCUGGCGCCGAAUCCAAGGUCCGCGCAAGUAGCAUUGCGACUAUCAGGCCGCAAUGCCAGGUACUACAGCUCCAAGCAAGACCCGAAACAGACAUUCACAAUUUGGAGGCCAUGGCUUCGACUGUCGAUUGGGAUUCCCUUCAUUGGAGCGUUGAUUUAUUCGAUGGUCACGGAAAAUGUCACAGAGACAGAAGCCCCGACAAUUGCCGAAAUUGAUCGAGCUCUCAAGGAGAAAUCACCAGUCAACGACGAUUCGCCGAUGCGCUUGCGGAUGGAGAAACUGAUCAAAGAGCAUCAGAAAAAAAUCACAGAAGAGCUGAGCAGAAUUGACGGGAAGGCCUUCAAAGCCGAUACAUGGACACGUCCGAAUGGUGGUGGAGGCAUAUCCUGCGUGCUCCAGGAUGGAAACGUAUUCGAAAAGGCCGGAGUGAACGUCUCGGUGGUUUACGGUGAACUUCCUCGACCAGCCAUUGAGAAGAUGCGCGCCGACCAUAAAUCGUUCGUUGGCGCAAAUGUUGAUUCUCUAAGUUUCUUUGCCGCGGGUCUGUCGUUGGUGUUGCACCCUCACAAUCCCAAUGCGCCAACAGUGCAUCUCAACUAUCGCUACUUUGAAACAUCGGAUCCAAAAGACCCUAUUAAUGGGGAUAGGAAUUGGUGGUUUGGCGGGGGUACGGAUCUGACUCCAUCCUAUCUCUACCCGGAGGAUUGCAAACAUUUUCACCAAACUAUCAAGGAUGUCUGCGACCGCCAUGAUAGCUCAUACUACCCUCGAUUCAAGGCAUGGUGUGACAAAUACUUCUACAUCCCCCACCGUGGCGAGGCGCGAGGCGUCGGCGGUAUCUUCUUUGACGAUCUCGACGCACAUUUCUUAAAAAGCUCAUCGUCGUCGUCUCAAAACCCACAGGAAACGCUAUUUUCCUUCGUCAGCGAUGCUUUGGCCUCUUUCCUGCCUUCAUAUGUCCCCAUUCUAGAGCGCAGGAAAGACAUGCCGUAUACAGCCAAGCAGAAGGAGUGGCAACAACUUCGGCGAGGCCGAUACGUGGAGUUCAAUCUUGUCUAUGACCGGGGUACUAGCUUUGGUCUCCGAACCCCCAAUGCGCGCGUUGAGAGUAUCCUGAUGAGUUUACCGCGCACCGCAAGCUGGGCGUAUAUGGAUCCGGUUUCAGGGACAAGAACCGAGACCUCCAAGCUUGAAGGCGCUGACUUGGACGCCGCCGAGCAUGCCGAAGAGAAUGCUAGAGAACGAGAGUUGUUAGAUGUUUUGAAGCAUCCUCGACAAUGGGCCUAG